AUGAAAACUAAAAAUAUUUUAACAAUAAUAGUAACUUUGCUCACCGUUUUCAAUACAAAUGCAGAUAAUUACAACAAUCCAAAGUGUCAAGUAACACCUCGAAUCUCACCGAAAAACGAUACAUUAGUUAUUUUUAUGCUGGGUUUUGGUCAAAAUCAUGUGAGUUUUGAUAAGUUUUAGUCUAACAAUGAAAUAUGGUUUUUACAGAAAGCUGAGAUCUUCUAUGUUCUGAAACAAACAAUUUGUUGGUUGCCAGAAGUUCCAUCAGCGGUUUUUGUUCAAGGAGAUCAAGAACUUAAGAUUAUCAACCAACUGGAUUCUAAUCCGAUUAAAAACGACGAUAAUUCUGAGAGAGAUGCACCACAAGCAAGAUCUUGUGCCGAAUUCGGAAAUGAUCUAGAAACACUGAAAAAAGACGAUGUGUCCCAUUUCAAGCAUGUUUUAUUGAUUGCUCAUCAAACACACAAUGGAGAUAGUUGCGAAUAUUAUGACAAAUUCAAAGAAUCUGCUUUGGACAGAGAUACAUUCAAGUUUUCAUUGAUCAGAUUCGAUGACAAGACCAGCGGUGAUUAUAUUUCAUUGAACGUUAAUAAUUUUGAAGGGGUUAAAACUGAUGAAGGUAAUCUCCAACAUUAUUUUUAAAAAAGCAUAUAAAUGUUUUUUUUUAGAAAAUGCUUCCGAAGAACUACGCAAGAAAACAGGAGAAUUGUGAGUUUGGAAAACUUGAUUUGGGAAUUAUUUAUGAUUUUUUUAGCGUCGAUAAAGUCUUGGGAACCGAGAAAACAACACCGACACCUGAAUCGACAACAGCGAAACCAACAUCGGAAUCUACAAGUGUGGGAUCUACAAGUGUGAAAUCUUCAACUGAAAAACCAGCAUCGGAAUCUACAACUGCGAAUUCUACAGCUGAACAAUCUACAACUGAAAAACCAGUAUCGGAAUCUACAACUGUGCGAAACCAACAUCGGAAUCUACAAGUGUGGAAUCUACAACUCAAAAACCAGAAUUGCAGUCUAAAACUGUAGAGCCAACGGUGGUUUCUGCAACUAUAGAAACCACCUCGGAAUCGACAACUGCAAAAUCUACAGCUGAACAAUCUUCAAAUGAAAAACCAGCAUCGGAAUCGAAAACUGAGAAACCAACAUCGGAAUCUACAAGUGUGGGAUAUACAACUCAAAAACCAGAAUUGCAAUCUAAGACAACGGUGGUUUCUGCAACUAUAGAACCCACCUCGGAAUCGACAACUGUGAAAGCAACACCCACAACUGAAGUAACUACUUCGGAACCUGCAACAAAAACGCCGAUUCCGAAUACUACUCAAAAUCAAGAUCCGGUAACGAUUCCGCAUCCCGAAGCCGGCACAGAUCAAGGAAACACCACAGUCUCAGUACCAAGUUCAACUUCACAAGUGACGACUUCGAAGCCGACAACUACUCCUGAUCAGAAGACUUCAACGAGCCCCGCACCACUCCCAACUCCAGAAGUUCCACAAACCGAUCCACCAAUUCAAACUUCUGAACAAGAUUCACCUGUAGCUUCUGCGCAAGAAUCAUCAAAAACUGAAGAAGAAGAUUCACCGAUUCUCAUCAUAAUUAUCGUUGUAAUUGUGAUUGUCAUCAUUUUGUUGGGAAUUUGCGGAGUUGUUGGUUUCAUUCUUUGGAAGAAAAAUAAGAACAAGAAAAAAAUCAGAUGAGAAAAGCAGCAAAAGAAAUCCUAAUUCUGCAAAAAAUAAAGACGUGGAGAAGAAUUUGAGAAGUGCAAAGGAAGCCAAAUCAUCCAAAAAUAAACAACCAUCAAAAUCAGCUGAAAAAUUGGGUGGAAAAUCGGCAGAACCAGCGGCUCUUGAAUCACCAGGUAAAUUAAUUAUAUUUUGAAUACAAUUAGCCCUAAUGUUUUUAUAGCCAACCCUUCAAAAGAAGCCUCAAAAAUGACGGAAGUGAAUAAAUCAAAAGCGAGCCAGGAAUCGGUGAUGGGUGGUUUGGAAUUUUUUGAAAGAUAA